UCGACUGAUUUUAACUGUCAGUCUCGACGUCGAUCGAACUUUCACGGGAAAGAAUGGAUUGUGUAUUUUUCGAUAGUUUCGCUUAUAGGACUUACCUAUCGCUUUGUUUUCCUUCCUGUGAAUAAAACCGAUUGAGUCAGGUAACAUAAAUAAUUGAAAGGGAAGAAAAUAAGAGAAACAUGGAUCAGAACAGGAAUAGACCAAGCAGACCUCGUCUUCGUUCUCAUGGUAAUUCUGCCAGAGUACUUGUAUUUGAUCAAGCUGAAAGCGAGGAAUCUGCUUGCAGUACUGAAGCAGAAAUGCAAAAAAGACCAAUUCCGCCUAAAGUGGAGAGUAAGGAGGCUCCAGUUCGACCUGUUAGUGGAGAACUAUCAAAUCUGGUUCGGAUGAGAAAUUCUGCAAUCGGGAAAUCUGCACCUUCUUUAUCUGUUCAUGUGCGUGAUCUUAACAUUCCUCGGCGUGCUGCUAAAGCAGCUCAUCGUAAAUCUUUCAUUGCAACAACAUCUCCAACUUUACCACGUUGCCAUUCACCAUUAUCAGCGUUUGUCCCGAUUGUAGGCAGUCCCCUAGAGAGUCCUAGGAUGUCAUCCAGUCCACAUUUUGCUUUUGCUCCAAUUAAGAGGAUUGGUGGAGGUACUACAGGAACUGGAGAUGGCAGAAGAUGGUCAGUUGCUAGCUUGCCGUCUAGCGGUUAUGGAACAACACCAGGUUCCAGUAAUGUCUCGUCGCAGUACUCGAGCCAAGAACGCUUGCAUCAGCUUCCAAAUGUUCCCACCAAGGACGAAUUACGUAUGCUUUCUUGCCAUUUCUCUAAACCUGGUACGCCAUGUUCUUCGCAUCCAGGCUUUCCAGGUUCUAGUAUUUCUAGUAUUCCAGGCAGCGUAUCUCUCAGUCUUGAUGAAGAAGGCCGUAGAUCGCCAUUACACAGACCACGUUCACGAAGUUUAAGCAGUCCAAGUCGGUCUCCAGUAUUGGACAGUGAAAUUGUUAUGAUGAAUACUCUUUAUAAAGAAAGAUUUCCAAAGGCAACACAACAGAUGGAGGAACGUUUAACUAAUUUUAUUAAUGAAAAUAAAGAAUUGGAUGAAUAUGAAGUAAUGGCAAAUAUGACUUCUGAUUCUUUACCAAUUUUACGUUUUGUACAUCAUCAAGUAAUCGAAAUGGCGAGGGACUGUUUACAAAAAUCUCAGGAAAAGUUAAUUACAACUAGAUAUUUUUACGAAAUGAGUGAAAAUUUGGAACAUUUGUUGAUGGAGACAAAAGAUAAAUCACUUGAUGCGGCAACGAGAUUAACGGGACUUAUUAAAAAAUUAUUGUUAGUAAUAUCGCGUCCAGCUCGUUUAUUAGAGUGUUUAGAAUUCGAUCCAGAAGAAUUUUAUCAUUUACUUGAACAAGCCGAAGGCCAAGCAAAAAUUAAUGCGGGAAUAAAAACGGAUAUACCUCAGUAUAUUAUUAACAAGCUUUCUCUUAAUAGAGAUCCAAUAUCAGAACUCCAAGAAGAUUUAAAUAAAUUAGAAGAUUCGGCGAGUUCCAGCGAUAGUAAUUUACAAAUUGCUUCAAGUCCAAAUAAGGACGAUGAAAAAUCUCAGCGUGUUCCUUGUGAAAGUGAUUACGAAGUAUUGAAACUUAUUAGUAAUGGUGCAUAUGGCGCAGUGUAUUUAGUUAAAGAGAAAACUACACGACAAAGAUUUGCUAUGAAGAAAAUAAAUAAGAACAAUUUGAUGCUAAGGAAUCAAGUAGAGCAAGUCUUCGCCGAGAGAGACAUAAUGAGCUUUACAGACAAUCCAUUUGUAGUUUCUAUGUAUUGUAGCUUCGAAACAAAAAAACACUUGUGCUUAGUAAUGGAAUAUGUAGAGGGUGGAGAUUGUGCGAAUCUUUUAAAAAAUAUUGGCCCACUGCCCCCAGAUAUGGCAAGAUUUUAUUUCGCAGAGACCGUUCUUGCUGUUGAAUAUUUACACAGUUAUGGCAUUGUUCAUCGAGAUUUGAAACCUGACAAUUUACUUAUUACUGCUCUUGGUCACAUUAAACUCACUGAUUUUGGUCUCAGUAAAAUGGGUCUUAUGUCCUUGGCGACAAAUCUCUAUGAAGGCUAUAUAGAUAGGGAUACAAGACAAUUUUCCGAUAAACAAGUAUUUGGCACGCCUGAGUAUAUCGCUCCUGAAGUUAUAUUACGUCAGGGAUACGGCAAACCUGUUGAUUGGUGGUCUAUGGGCAUUAUACUAUAUGAAUUUCUGAUUGGUUGUGUACCAUUUUUCGGUGAUACUCCAGAGGAAUUGUUUGCUCAUACAGUUAACGAUGAUAUCGAGUGGCCGGAUGAGGAAGAUUGGCCUGUUCAGCCAGAAGCUAAAGAUAUUAUAACAGCAUUGCUGCAACAAAGUCCUAGAGAUCGUUUAGGCACUGGUGGAUCUCACGAAGUAAAAGAGCAUCCAUAUUUUUAUGGAGUGAAUUGGAAUAGUUUACUCAGACAGAAGGCUGAAUUUGUACCGCAGUUAGUCAAUGACGAGGAUACAAGUUAUUUUGACACUCGUAUGGACAGAUAUAAUCACGAUAUAGGUGAUGACACCGAUGACACCGAUGACUCUCCUUUGUUCGGAUCGUUCUCGUCGUAUUCUCCGCAAUCACGAAAAAUAUCUCAGACCCGUCCACCGCAGUUAAAUCCCGAACAAACAGAGUUGGAUCUCUCAAAGAAACAAUUAUUCCGUACUGAGCUUGAACGCACAGUUGCGCAAUUAUCUUUUGGAUCUAAUAGCUCAAUUACUCCUCCAUCCAAGUUAGCAGAAUCGACUCCAUCAGAAAAAAGUCGAUCUUCUUCGUCCAUUAAAAAUACCACGUACAUCGAAACACCUCCAAAGGCGGACAAGUCGAACUCAUCGUUUACUAGUCCUGCCACAGUGACCAGUGGCGAAUCUCAAUUAACAGUAAUUAAGAACAGUCAAGUAGAAGGGACGUCCAUCAGCUUGAGUACACCCGAUUCCUCGCAAACGGAGUCUGAAGAUAUCAGUCCGCAGAUCCAGAGAAAGCGGCACGUGCAUUCUCGUGAUAAGCUGCCCAGGUUCAGUAUAUGCAUUGAUGAUGAACACAUGUUGGAUUUAAUUGCAGCAAACAGAGAUACAACUGAGGAAAGCAAGCAUAAUUCUAGUACUGAUUCUUUCGAAUCAUUCAGCGCCAUACCAAUUAUCCCGUCCGCGAAACAGAAGUCGCGGUCUGUAAUUAAGUCAGCAUCCACUAGUGGGUUGUCAUUAGUUAUACCAACCAGUGAUUUCUCUUAUGAUGCGUCAUUAAAUACUCAACCAAUCGAAUCUCCCGGUGGAUCAUCCACUGCUUCUUCAAGAGAUACGUCCCCUUGUCGCGAACUGAGUCCACUUGUAACUAGUUUAAAACCUCCUAUUAUCAUUCGAAGAGGACCUUGUGGAUUUGGCUUCACCGUGCACACUAUCAGAGUUUAUUACGGUGACAGUGAUUUUUACACUAUGCAUCACUUGGUUAUGGCUGUAGAUCAAUCCAGCCCAGCCUUUGAGGCUGGUUUAAGGCCAGGAGAUCUCAUAACGCAUAUAAACGGCGAGCCAGUACAGGGUUUAUAUCAUAUACAAGUACUUCAGCUGAUGUUGAGUGGCGGCGAUCAUGUAACAUUACGUAGUACGCCGUUAGAAAAUACUAGUAUUAAAACAGGAGGAAGAAAGAGAGAUCUGACUCAAAGCAAAAUGGCGCGCAGAACGUUACACAAACAGCGCAAACUGAAACGUGAUCAUUCUGAUAAGAAACGAAAAACGUCCCUUUUUAAACGAAUUAGUUCGAAACGAGCUAGCGUAGAGAUGCAACAGCCAUUAACUAUCAGUUGUCCAUUGUCAGCACCCAUUCUAUCCAGCGACAGCAAACCUCCACUUAUGAUGGCUGCGGGAAUUUGUUCGCCGUCAAUGGUGACACCUAGUCGAUCGUUCCAGUCGUUCACACGUUCUCAAGAAACGUCACCGUACUUUGCAGCAUGCACAAAAUCCGUCUGCAGCCCAUCACCGCCAACAAACCGCGUCAGCUCAGAUUCUUAUCACUCCACGGGGAAUUCAAGUACCUGUUCCAGUCCAAAUUCUUCCUCUCCGGGCUCCACUACGUCGGCUGCGAAUCUAUCAACUAUCGCCAAUCAAUCUCACUAUCAGAGGCCGAGCACACUUCACGGUUUGAAGCACAAGUUGCACACAGCUGCAAAAAAUAUCCAUUCGCCGAAUCGUAGAAAAUCAGUGGGACACAUACCACUGUCGCCACUGGCUAGAACUCCGAGUCCGUCGCCUCUUCCAGCUAGUCCCACUAGGAGUCCUAGUCCGCUAGCGUUCCCCACGGGGCAUCAACCUGGUAGCUCGAAUACCACGCAAUCUUAUAGUCCAGGUGUUUGUUUGUCUACGCCAAACAAUCAGAAAAAAGGUUACGGACGGCCGAAGUCAGCAGAGCCCGGUUCUCCGUUGCUAAGAAGAGCGCUCAGUCCGGAUAGGCUUCAUCCCCGAUCCGCGGAGAACAAGACAUCUAUCUCACCGUUGGCGAACACAGUAGUGAAAGUAACCCCACGUACAACUAUAGCGCAAUCUUAUUCAGAAACAUCCGACGAGUGUAAUGAUAGUUUUAAAGAGCCAAGCGACUCGAAAGUGGAGAAAAAAGUGCCAACGGAAUCGAAGGCGGAUUAUUCGAAGAUAUCUCAUGGGAUAUCGAUCAACUUGGGAAACGUAGGUAUAUCUAAUUCUUGCGGUAGUACACAGCUACCUAGAAUAGCGGAAGAAAAGGAUUCACCGACCGGUUCAAAAGCCGACGAUUACUCAAAGGAAGUUUUAGAUAAGAUCGAUAAAAAUAAUACAUCUAUAAAUAAGUUAACAGACUCGGAGAAUAUCAGUGAGCGAAUUGAAUCAAAGAUGGAGAAGCAGAAUUCGUGUACAAAGAAUGUAGAAGCUUUAUCUACUAAUAAAAAUGAAGAAGGUGCUCAAUUGGAUAAUUCUUCUAACGUACAAGCGUGUAGUUUGCAAAAUACAUCUCACAAGCAAUUCCAAAAUAUCGAAAAAGGCUCGCAAGUUUUGCCUCAAAAAGCAUCGUCACAAAGCGGUGAGAAAAGCUCACAAUCUUCGUGUCAGAAGCCAUCAUUACAAGCCAAUGAAAAAAGUUCGCAAUCUUCUGCUCAGAAAGUAUUAUCGCAAGCCAACGAAAAAGGCUUCCUGCAAGGUGUAUUGCAGAAGUCGUCUCAAAGCAACGAGAAAGUGCCACAGGCUGCGGUACAGAAACUACAUCAAAACAAUGAAAAAGCAGCUGUUCCCCAUAAAAUAGCCGAACAAAAAGCAGCUAGUAAAAAUUCAGAGGCUAAUCCGGAAGGAAAAAAAGUAUUGAAGAAGUACAAAGUCGAAAGCUCUGACGGCUCAAGUAACAAUUCCUCUUUGCAACAUAUGAGCGCAUUUGAGACUAUGGGAGCUGGGAAAGACAAGAAAAGCAAUUAAAUAAUUAUCGUUCGAUUGAUCGUUUAGAUCUGAGAGUAUAACAAAACAAAAUAUCUGUGUGUAAUGAUCAGAUUUUUUUUCUGCCAAUGAAACGAAUCGUCUGUUUUUUUUUAAAACUCGUCUCUCUUUGCAAUCAAAUUUUAUAAAAGAAGAAAGUCGAACGUCUGAUAGAUGCACGAACAUGCACAUUGUAAAAUCGAGUAAAAUCAGAAAAGUGGGAAAUCAAAAAAAAAAAAAACAAAAAAAACGGUAAACUGUUUUGAUGUUUACAGCUUUAAAAGGAAGGUUUGUACUCGGAUUAAGUAUUUAUAGGCUUCCAUCGAAUAACAUACCUGAAUACAUAGCUUUAGCUGGUAUUUCUAUUUCGUGACGGUAUUUAAGGGCUACCGCUAUUCUGUAAUCAUAAUCUUUGUCAUACGAUCAUUGAAUAACAAAAUAUAAUCCAGAUGAAAGUAGAGAAUAACUACAAUUAAGUACCAUUUCAAUGGUUUUUGAACAGGCGCAAUGUGUUGAAAUUAUAAUUGUUAAUUCUCUGCAAGAAAUUGAGGAAAUAAGAACGACAAAAAUUGGAGUAAUUUACACUUCGGGCUACAGUAUUUAUACGAUCUCACUUAUAUUUACGUCUAAUUAUUAGCGCAUCAUAUAUGGAUCAAUAUAUAGCAGUCAGCGAAUCGCGUACAGAUAGGUUUUCAAUACGUGUAAUAUUGUGUGAAGUUGAAGAAAAAGUGGAAACAGUGUAUCGUAUAUACUCGCAAUAUCCAGAGUUUUAUCUUUUACUUUGUUUAAUACCAAAUAGUAACGUUUAAAAAUAUAAUUCUUUUCAUAAAAGUUGAAUCUGCAUGUUGAAGAUAUGCACAUUUCUAGGUUUUAUGAAACAAUAAAAUUUUUAACUGUGUAUUUGAUACUUUGGAGAACAUUCAUUUCAAAAUCGGCCUAUAGUGCGAGCAUAUACGGUAAGUGAUUAUCGCAAGGAUUAGUGUAUAUAUACAAGAUGCUCCCGUAUGCACAAUGAUAUUAACACGUCUCAGUUCCAUUCGACUAUGUACUGUGAUGUAUUUAAUUGAAAUGAAUACGAAUUGGUGCUAACAUUUACCGCUCAGGUAUUUUUGCGAGAAGUGGUGCUCUCAGACAAGUUUCAAGUACCUAAAUCACUCACUCAUUUACAGAAAGUGAUAAAAGAGUUAGCAGAAAAAAUAAUUUACAGAAAAAAAAGGAAAAAGACAGCAUUAAAAGUAUAAAGUAGCGAACAUAUCGCAUUGGAAGCAUCUUGAAAGUUUUUCAGCGAUGAAGAGAAGGAAUAAGAGUUGCGAGCGUCUUGGAGAGCAGACUUAAUCCUCCCAGAUGCAUUGUAAUCAUUUUUUUAGUAUUAGGUAUUCGUUAAUUUAUUCUGUAUAUAUAAAAAAAAAAGAACUAUAUUAGUUAAGGUCAGAAUAUGUGCUUUAUCAUGAAUCAUGAAAAAAGGAAAGAAGGGAAAUGAUAAAGCAGGCCGCGGGUUUGGUUUUUGUAAGUCACCGCGUUUUCUUGACGCUUGUGUCGCUUAUUCUACGAAAAAAAUGAAACAUUGCCAUAAAGAGCAACAUAAUAUAUAUAGAUAUAUAUGUAUAUAUAUACUUAUAUAUAACGUAUGUGUGUCUCAGCCAUAAUAAUAUCAGUUUGUUCUUGACGAUUUUUUAAACGGUGAUGUAUUAAUGACAAACGGAGUAAUUGUGAUGUUAUAUAUUUCUGUUCUUUUCUUUUUUUUUUUUUUUCUAAGAGAAUGAAAUAUAUUUGUGUUUGUUUAUUAGUUAAAGCAACGAGGAAAAUGAAGUAACUUAGCCGCGCGAUAUCGAUCAUUAAAAAUAAAUAAUACGUUAUAUAUAUUGUAAACACGUCGCUUUAAAUAUAAGGAUAGACGAUAAGGAGAAGAAGCUAGCUUUGGAGAAAAUAAGCAACGUUACGAAGUACAGCUUCGAGUAUCAUCGACGUCAUCUUUGCAUAUACUUCAUUAGCGGAUUUUUCUAACGUCAACAAAAUGACCUGCGACAAAUACUAACCGAAAUUAUUGGUAUAUCGUCUACCCUACAUUAUUAAUUUAUUUUGCACGCAAGGCAAUUUAACUCCGUUCGACUUUUGUAAUCGUUCGUAAAAUUGUUUCUCUAAGUCAGAUAGAGCAUCACAGAUUAAUCUUAAAAGUUUGAUAAGAAGAGACUCGUGUUUCGAUUGUUCAACAAUCGCAUUGUUAUUAAGAAUUUUUCAGGCAGCAAUUGUCAUCGCGUCUCUCCCCUUUAUCCGUAUCCCCUUUUCUCUGCUUAGUGUACGGUUGAUAUAUGAUCGAUGUUAUAGCGUUGAUGUCGUCUUAGUUAAGAGUCUGGUAGAUGUUUCCCAAGAACUUUGAGGCAGCUCGAACGUUUUUUCGAAUUCGAUGAAUUCGCUGCUCUACGAGGCUAAUGCGAUUAAGAGGAGUCAAGAGUAAUAAGACGGGAAAAUUAAAAAAGAUGUAGUAAAAAUAAGAAAUUCGUCAUGGUAAGAAACACGGAAGAAAGGAAAAAUGUUGAAUGUUUCGGACAAUUGACACGAUGUUCAACCUUUCUUGAAAAACGUGAAAAAUAUGUUCGGCGCGGAUUCCACAGUUUAGAACAAAUUUGAGGAAACGAAGGAACGAAAAACAAUCAUCUCUAAAAUUUCGACGAUCGCGUAUUAUUAAUCUAUUAAUGGUAGACGUAAUAAUAUGGCUAUUAUUCUUUGUAGAAGCGUAGGAGGAGCCAUCAUUGUUAUUUUCAUUACUUUCGCUUUAUAGAUCAUUUCCAUUCUCGUUCGUUGCACGUAGACGAAUAAGUGAUACUAAUUAGCGAUAUAUGGAUCAAUGGACAGCGAGAGCAGUUUCCGGUCCUUAAUUGUAAGAACAGAUCAUAAAUUGAGGAGCUGAAAAUUCAAAAGUUACAGUAACGAGUAACCGAACGGGCGUCGUAUUCGAGUUUUCACAAGUGUGAUAAGUUCUAUUCGAAUUAUCAAUUUCUAUAUCCGAAAAAGAGAAAGCGAAAUGAAGAAAUUUUCGAGAGGAGAUUUUUCUACAUAUUGUAAAUACGCGCCCUGUGUGAUGUACGGUUCGAAGACGAUCGAUGCUUUGUUUGUUGAAUAUUGUUUCGUUAUAUUUAUAUGGAUUGUGAUCGCUGUGUAUAGAAUUCAUGAAUUCGUUGGAAGUUGUUUUAUGAGGCAAGCAAGAAGUUAAAGAUGAUGCCCUUGCUGAUGCCAAGUGUUGUUGUACCCUUCAAACAAAAAACUGAGUCCUUAAGAAUUUUUCAAUUUAUUGACAAAAAAAUCUGUGUAAAGCUGGGAACAGCUUCGACGAAGAUGUCGCUUCGACACGUACACGGUUUCCCUUCCUGUUUCACGAGAAUAGAAAAGAUAUUGUGAAACAGCGUGAAAAGUAAUAAUAAGGAAUAUUUGUAUAAAACAAUUUUCGUAUAUUCGUCUGGAACAACUCGGUUUUAAUCAUAGGUAACGAAACGAUUUGUGAAAAAAAAAGAAGAAAGAAAACGGAAACGCAGGAAGCGGCGCAUUGCGAUCAAUAUUCGAACUCCUUUUACCUUACCCUUUCCUUUUCCACUUUUUUAAGAUCUUCGAUAGACUUUGUUGUUCUCUUUUUCUUUGUGAUAAGCGAACAGAUAUUCUCCAUGAGAAUGUUUAUUUAGCGAACUCGAUGAACGUUUGAUAAUUAUAUUCACACCACUCCACGUGAAAUACAGUUUCGUUUCUUACUAUA